CCCUACUCCCUCUUUUUAAUGUUCUACAACACCAUUGUAAAAUGGGAAAGUGGGUUUUAUAAUACAUUUUCAAUAGUGGUCAAUCCAUACAGACUUGGGGGGUAAACACAAAGAAGCCAUGGUGAUAAACAUCUGAGAUCAGCUCCCUCUCUGGAGUACGUGAUUUGACCAGAUGAGUCCCCCUCGCGCGCUCUUGCUCUCCGUCGCGCUCUUCUCCCUCGUCGCCGGCCUCGACGCCAGCGCCGGCGACGCGGAUCCGGUUUACAGGUCUUGCGUAGAAAACUGUGAAAGCUCGGGGUGUGUGGGAGACCAGUGCUUCCAACAUUGUAAAUUUUCAUCUGAUGGGAAACCUAUUGAUGGUCCAUGGUAUUUGCAAGAACCCCUUUACCUUAGAUGGAAACAUUGGGACUGCCAGAGUGAUUGCCGAUAUCAUUGUAUGCUUGUGAGAGAAGAGGAAAGACAGAAACUUGGCCACAAACCUGUUAAAUAUCAUGGGAAAUGGCCGUUCAAGCGUGUCUAUGGAUUUCAGGAACCUGUCUCUGUUGCUUUUUCUGCGCUUAAUCUUGCAAUGCACUUUCAUGGGUGGCUAUCCUUCUUCGUCCUUUUGUACUACAAGUUACCCCUGAGACCAGAUAAGAGAACUUACUAUGAAUAUACGAGCUUGUGGCAUGUGUAUGGUUUCUUGUCCAUGAAUUCCUGGUUCUGGAGUGCUGUAUUUCACAGUCGAGAUGUGGACUUCACAGAAAAGCUGGAUUAUUCAUCUGCUGUUGCAUUACUCGGGUUUUCUCUCAUAUUGGCAAUACUGAGAUCAAUUAACGUGAGAGAUGAGGCUGCUAGGGUCAUGGUUGCAGCUCCUCUUAUUGCAUUUGUGACCACACAUAUCUUAUAUCUCAACUUCUAUAAGCUUGAUUAUGGUCUGAACAUGAAAGUCUGCGUGGUGAUGGGCAUAGCUCAACUUCUUCUAUGGGCGGUAUGGGCUGGUGUCACUCGGCAUCCAUCGCGUUGGAAAUUGUGGGUGGUGGUCGUGGGUGGAGCUGCAGCUAUGCUGUUGGAGAUUUACGACUUCCCACCCUACCAGGGACUUGUAGAUGCCCAUGCUCUCUGGCAUGCCACUACCAUUCCUUUGACAUAUUUAUGGUGGAGCUUUAUUAGAGAUGAUGCCGACUUUAGGACAUCAACCAUCCUCAAGAAGAAGAAAUAGACACUUCCACAGAAAACAUGAUUUAUCAGAUCAUGAAUCUGGAACGGCAGACAUCGCUCCCCCUCAGUUAAGUCUUCACGCAUGACAGUUCUCACCAGCAUUCCCUUUGUUUGCUUCUCGUUUGACGAGAACUUGGUCAAUGCGAUAUGUGAUAUGCUUGUAAUGGCACUGAUCUUUGUGUUCUAUUUUACCCUCCACCAGAAGAAACCUACCAGAUGAGAAUUUUGAUCUAGGUAGCUUAAAAUUCAACUGUAGAUUUGUUUUGCUUCUGUCAUCAAGGAUAUAAGAUUCAGACUGUGCUUCCAA